CAUCCUUGUCUCGGCUCCUGGGGCUGGUCUGAUUGGAGGGAAACCCCGUGGAUUAGCCCGAUAGCCCGUGAGAAUCAGCUGUGAGCCGCGGUUAGCUUAGCUACGACAGGACCAUCGUUUUCCCCGACACUCAGCACUGAGCAGCCAUGGACAAAAGCGAGCUAGUGCAAAAAGCCAAGCUGGCCGAGCAGGCGGAGCGCUAUGAUGAUAUGGCAGCCGCUAUGAAGGCCGUGACUGAGGGUGACACUGAACUGUCUAAUGAGGAACGCAACCUGCUCUCUGUGGCUUACAAGAAUGUAGUGGGUGCCCGCCGUUCCUCCUGGAGAGUGGUUUCCAGCAUCGAGCAGAAGACGGACGCCAGCGACAAGAAGCAUCAGAUGGUCAAGGAAUAUCGGGAGAAGAUCGAGAAGGAGUUGAAAGACAUCUGUAAUGAUGUCCUGGUCCUUCUGGACAAGUACCUCAUUCCCAAGGCGACCCCUGCUGAAAGUAAAGUCUUCUAUCUGAAAAUGAAAGGCGACUACUAUCGCUACUUAGCGGAGGUGGCUGUGGCAGAAGAGAAAGCCUCUAUCAUUACCAAUUCACAGGAGGCCUACAAGGAUGCUUUUGAAAUCAGCAAGGCAGAGAUGCAGCCCACACAUCCCAUUCGUCUGGGCCUGGCCCUCAACUUCUCUGUAUUCUACUACGAGAUUCUCAACUCGCCUGAGCAGGCCUGUAAGCUUGCCAAAACGGCUUUUGACGAGGCCAUUGCAGAGCUUGAUUCACUGAAUGAAGAGUCAUACAAAGACAGCACAUUGAUCAUGCAGCUACUGCGGGACAACUUGACACUGUGGACUUCAGAUAACCAGGGAGACGGUGAGGACGCCGAGGAGGGGCGGGAAAACUGAGUCUCGCUCUGUCAGUCCUUCCCGUUAUUCACCUGCCAUUGUUCCAGCUCACCGUCAACACUGAGACCACCUCAUCGUCAACUUUUGUCUCUUUUAGUUCUUUUACUCUUGCGCCUUCCUUGCUUUCUUCCUUCCCUGUCAUUGUGGGUUUUUUUCCUAAGGAUUUGUGUCAUGGGAGGUGGGUGGGAGGGGUUAAAUAGCGGGUGGGAGGGGCGAGGCAUUGGAAGGGGCUAGGCAUGGGAAGGGGCUAGGCAUGGGAAGGGGCUAGGCAUGGGAAGGGGCUAUGGUUCGUCUGCUGUUAACCUUGUUUUCUAAGCAGGGAGUUCUAGGUUGUCGCAUUAGUGCAGGAGGCGAGUGAGGGCUCAUGCAAAGUUGCAAGUUCAAUCUUUUGUUAUACUGUUUGUAAAUCUCUGUCACAGAGUCACUUUCCAUAAUCAUUAUAUACGGCAGUUUAGCAUUUGUGUUUUAUAAACAGCCCUUGAUUUAAGCAUAUGUGAGGAUAGCAGUGCAAGGCUACAACUAAAGUUACAACAGCAAUGUGUUACAUGGUAAAACUGCUGGCUCACACAUCAUGGGCAAAAAAUACAUUCCAUUUAUUGGAGUUUUCUUAUUCCAGGCAUUUGGUGCCCUGCAAAUGGCAUUUACCUAUUCCCUGUCAAUCACGAGGUAUAGUGGACCCUAAGAACAAAGAGCACAUAAGCUUUGUACGGUUACCGCUUGACUGUAUAAGCAGAGCAGUAGGAAAUAUCAGUGCGAGUUUUUUUUUUUCCAGUAAUUUGUUUUUAAAAUGUUUUUUCCACAAUUUCCUUUCAUUUCUUUUGAUACUUGCCUAAAUUGCAUGUGGCUUUGAAGUAGUUAAUAUGGGGAGGAAACGGGGGUACUGUUGGGCUGGCUAGCUUUGUGUCAUGUCUCUGGAAUUUUCAUACAGAACACCCAAGCAUAAAUGUUAUUUGGAGGGAAAAUAUGUAAUUUCAUGUAAGUGGAAUAAAAAAUAAUUUAACAGUU